CACCAUCACCAGCAUAAACAGCUGCAAAAACACGCCAGUCUUCCUGGGAACAGAGCAGAGACGUGAACAUGGUCAUUCUGAUUGAUCAGGAGGCCUGAAGGGAACCUGAGCUUACACAUAGCGCACGAGGACAGUUUAUCACAUAGAUUUGGUGAGUUUAGAAGGAUUUGCCUCUUUGCUUCUGCAGAAUAUUAUUGCUGGAGCUAAGCAUCUGGGGUCAAAUAAGUUUCAACUACAGGAACAACAAAAGCCAAAGAAGAUGGGGAUAUGCCCUAUCAGAUGUAAAUCCAGAAUGACUGUGUUAGAAAAUGCGCUUGAACCUUUGUCACAAGCCCAUGACAGCAUGACUGUAUCCCUGUGUAACUACCCGUCCUUUGGACAGACUGAGCUGACCAUGUGCAUUGGGGAGCAACUCACCAUCAUAUCUGAUGAUGGUGAUUUCAUGAUGGUGAAGUCCUCAACGACAGGCCAUGAGAGCUACAUCCCCAUCUGCUACACUGCCAAGGUGACGCACAGGUGGCUGUUCAGAGGAAUCAGCAGGUACAAAGCAGUGGAGCUUCUAAUGCAGCCACAGAACCUGAGUGGAGCCUUUUUGAUCAGAGAGUCAGAGACAAACACAGGUGGUUACUCCCUGUCUGUCCUGAGGAGGACCAACACUUCAUGUACGGACUGCGUAAAGCACUACCGCAUUUCAAACCUCCAAAACGGCUGGGUCUACAUAUCUCCAGGACUCACCUUUCCCUCCCUGCAGCACCUGGUAGACCACUACUCAGAGUUUGUAGAUGGACUGUGCUGUCGGCUCACUGGACCGUGCUUCAUCAAAGGCGUAGACGCUGCUAGGGAGGCCAGACCAGAACCCACAGUCAUCAGGAGGCCUACUCUCAACUGGAAGGACAUUAGCAGGUCGGUGAUCUUCCGGAGGAAAAGAACAGAGUCAGACAACUCUCUAGUGAGCGAGGGGCUGAGAGAGGCCAUCACCUCCUACCUCCAAAUGACAGAGGGCGGUGAUUACAGCUGGGACACUUGAGGAAACAGUGGAGGAGCCCAAAAAGAAUGAACUCAGAUUAUUGUGCAGAUACGCUGUAUAGGCCAACUGUCCUGUCUAUUCUGCAUCUUGGAAAAUCCAAAAAAGAAGGGGAGAGGUCAUCUGCACGGCCAUAUUAACUCCAAGGACAGCACUGAAGAAGCAGGAGAGUCUGAGACACUACAGAAGCACAAAAAUGUCUACAGAAAGAAUGUAUCUGUCCUUAGAGAUUAUAUCUGUCCAAUGAGACUUUGGCUACAUCUGGUGUCAGAGGUUUAAUGUUUCAAUUGUAACCUUUUCUGUACAUGCUGUAUUUAAAAUGUCAUUAUAGUUACAUGCAAGGAUGGAAAAAGUGCAAGAAUGUUGUAUUCCAGUACAAGAACAAGUACUUGGAUUCAUUUUACUUAUAUAGAAGUAACAUGACUGAUCUUAGGAUCGCAAGUAAGGGUGAACAUUUAUUUAAAUUAAAGUACAUAUCU